UAUUGGCACUAUCGACUUUGUGGAAGAUGCGAGAGAUAUAGAGAAUACGGAAUAUGAAUGCAUGAAUGUUUGCAUGCCAGUACCGUCCUGGAACAUAUGACACGGCCGGUAUUUCACGAGAGCUGUACAUUGUUGGCAAAGCGAGCGUACGUAAGAGAUGCUCCUCCUCGUGACGGGCCAAGGCUUGGUUAAGGAAUAGAACCUUGUGUGAGAACGAAAGAUUAAUCGAUCAACACAUGUACAGAGGACGACCUGAAAGUCACAUCCUGUCAUUCCAAACACCAUGAGCCAAGAGCACCGUGGACCACAUCCAGGUCUACGGCGAUUUAUGAUGUCGUAUGCCCCCGACUGGAUCAUAUCUGGUACGCUUUGGGCAAUCUCCUGGGUCAUCGACAACCACAUCCGAGUCUCUGGGUUUAAGAGGCACUUCUCGUUAUCUGAUGUCUCAUUACGAUAUCCCUUUGCUAUCAAUGAACGCGUCGGGACAACAGCUCUUGGCUUCAUCUCUUAUGGCGUCCCAUUCGUGGUUCAGUGCCUCGUCAAUUUUUUGACAGUCCAGUCAUGGUGGGAUUUCCACCACAGCACUCUGGGAUUGACCCUCUCUCUGUCGAUGACAAGGAUCAUUACACAAUUUGUCAAAGUCACGGUUGGACGACCUCGGCCAGAUUUAAUUUCGCGCUGUCAGCCUGUGACGGGCUCUGCAGACCCUCUUUGGGGCCUAUCUACCGUAGAUAUAUGCACGCAGACGGUAUCGAGGAUACUCGAAGAUGGAUGGAGAAGUUUCCCCAGCGGUCAUUCCAGCAUGUCCUUUGCAGGCCUCGGAUUCCUCGCCUUGUACUUGGUCGGCAAACUGCAUCUAUUUGACACCCGGGGAUAUGUCGUGAGUUCCCAUUGCCCUGUGGAUAAUGCAGCACGUGUUUUACCACCCAUGAUUCAGUUUAAAGCGUGGAUAUCUAUCACUCCCCUUGCUGGUGCAUUGUUCGUGGCAGUUUCGCGCACUAUGGACUAUCGUCACCACUGGCAGGACGUUGUGACUGGAUCUUCUCUUGGAUUUCUCAUUGCAUAUUUUUCGUACAGGCAGUAUUACCCUCAUCCAGCAUCAGCAGAUGCACAUCUACCAUACACUACCCGGUUCGAAGAUACCAAGAGUGUUGAAUUGGAUGGAAUCAAUGGAGCUGCGGAACCGCUGCUAAACAGCUAUGACGAAGAUGACGAAGUGGUCAGCACGAGACGUAAUCCGAGGACUGGGAUUCGACGAUAAGCUUCGUUACAGAAUAUUUUUUUUCUUGUACGUAAUUUUGCGCACCAGGCAUCCUGGGCCACAUUUACUGUUUCGAAAUAUUAGCACCUUACAAUUAUUGGUGAAUUAUAGCCAGGUCAGAGUGUGUAACUACAGCGGACAAAGCUCCUGGCA